UCGCGGCCGCGGAUUGGCCCGUGGCGGGACCCGUCGGUCGCGGUGGUGUCUGGGAAGGAGAGAAAAUGGCGGCCGAGCCGAGCAAGACAGAGAUCCAGACCCUUUUCAAGAGGCUUCGCGCGAUUCCGACCAACAAGGCCUGCUUCGACUGUGGCGCCAAGAAUCCGAGCUGGGCCAGCAUCACGUACGGUGUCUUCCUGUGCAUCGACUGCUCCGGGGGGCACCGCUCCCUGGGCGUCCAUCUCAGCUUCAUCAGGUCCACAGAGUUGGAUUCCAACUGGAACUGGUUCCAGCUGAGGUGUAUGCAGGUCGGCGGGAAUGCCAAUGCGACAGCCUUCUUCCGCCAACAUGGAUGCACAGCCAAUGAUGCCAACACCAAAUAUAAUAGCCGAGCUGCCCAGAUGUACCGGGAAAAGAUCCGGCAGCUGGGGAGUGCGGCCCUGGCUAGGCAUGGCACUGACCUUUGGAUAGACAAUAUGAGUAGUGCUCCCAGUCACUCCCCAGAGAAGAAGGACUCUGAUUUCUUCUCGGAACACACUCAACCCCCCGCCUGGAAUGCACCAGCCAUCAACACAUCAGAGACCCAGCAGCCAAUCCCAUUUGCAGAGAGCAGUGGCCUGGCACAGCCGGAGCAUGGCCCCAACAUGGACUUGCUUGGUACCUCACCCAAAGCCUCUCUGGAGUCCAUGUAUCUGUCACCUGAAGGGGCUCUUCCUGCUAGAGAACUGAAAACCUCCCUCAUUGGCAAGAAGAAGCCAGCAGCAGCUAAGAAAGGGCUGGGUGCCAAGAAAGGCCUAGGGGCCCAGAAGGUGAGCAGCCAGAGUUUCAGCGAGAUUGAGCGGCAGGCCCAGGUGGCAGAGAAGCUCCGUGAGCAGCAGGCGGCUGACGCCAAGAAGCAGGCCGAGGAGUCCCUGGUUGCCUCCAUGCGUCUGGCCUACCAGGAGCUCCAGGUUGACCGUAAGGAGGAGGAGAAGAAGCUACAGAACCUGGAAGGGAAGAAGCGAGAGCAGGCAGAGAGGUUGGGCAUGGGACUGGUGUCCCGAAGCUCCGUCUCCCACUCGGUGCUGUCUGAGAUGCAGGUGAUCGAGCAGGAGACCCCAGUGAGUGCAAAACCCUCCCGCUCGCAGCUGGACGUGUGUGACGAUGUCGGUACUUUCGCCUCUGGACCCCCAAAGUACAAGGACAACCCUUUCUCCUUGGGGGAGGGUUUUGGUUCCCGCUGGGAUGCAGACGCUGCCUGGGGUAUGGACAGGAUGGAGGAGAAGGAGCCAGAAGUGACCAUCUCCAGCAUCCGGCCCAUUUCAGAAAGGCUCACAAACCGGAGAGAAGUGGAAAGCCGGAGCUCAGGCCUCGAGUCAAGUGAAGCACGGCAGAAAUUCGCAGGAGCCAAAGCCAUCUCCUCUGACAUGUUCUUUGGGCGGGAGGUGGAUACUGAGCAUGAAGCCAGGUCUCGGCUGCAGCAGCUCUCAGGCAGCAGCGCUAUCGGCUCUUCAGACCUCUUUGGGGACGUGGAUGGGGCUCCUGGAGCAGGUAGCGUAUCUCUGGGGAAUGUGCUGCCCACGGCCGACAUUGCCCAGUUUAAGCAGGGUGUCAAGUCUGUGGCCGGGAAGAUGGCUGUGCUGGCCAAUGGUGUGAUGAAUUCUUUGCAGGAUCGCUAUGGCUCCUACUGAUCCAGGCGCCGUGGCUCGGACGUAGGGUGGUGACAGCAGCAAAACCUUACGGUUCCUAGGCCGGGAUGCUUGCUGUGUGGAAGCUGGGGAGGAGUUGUUACUUUAUACCUGUGGUGUGUGAGUGGGUGGCCUUUGAGGAUCUCGGGUGACGGACGGGCAGUACGAGCCCCUGACCUCGGCCUGGGGGUUGAGCCCUUUAUCGUCCUCCCCUCGCACCCCCACCCCGUGUGCUAGAUUAUUCUUCCCGUCCUGCCCCCAGAGCUGCUGCUCCCUUGUCCCGCCACACGGGGUGUGAGGGGAGGCGGCUCUCUCAGGAUGGCUUAUUCUGGGUCCAGGCCUUCCCCGGGUAGGGAAAGUAAAACGUAUGAGGCUUUUUUGCUGGCUCUAGAAUCCUGCCAGGUCGUCUGGGGGUCUGCCCCUGUCCUCUGGAACCAGCAGGGAGGUCUAGAAAGAGUUCUGCUGUAGAUCAGCCCCCGGGGGAGGGAGGCCCUGGACUCGCUGCUGCUGCUCCAGGGGUCUCUUCCGGGCACCAGGAGAGGGCAGGUGAGGGGAAGGACCUGCGUCUGGGCCUUACCAAGGCCUAGAAGCUUUACCUGGUACCCAGGGUUUCACGUGGGAUCAGACUGGAGGCCCGCGUGAUCGUCUCCGGUCUCACCAGCCCUUUUUACAGUGAUGCCUCGGAGGAUCACUUCUGCUCCUGGGUGUCUCGGAGUCCUCCCGCACCGUCCGUGGUGGGCCACAGCACUCCGUCUCCCCCGAGACUCCGUCUCCCCCGCCCCUGCUCGGUGGCCGCGGUGGGCCGCACCUGCCCUGUGCUCCCCUCUGAUGCUGUGGGCGUCACACUGGCCGAGAAGGCAGAGGACGUGAGGGGCGGACGCAGGCUCCUGGGGCCCCGCUCUCUUCCUCUGCUUCAUCUCGGCCUUCGCGGGGCCUGGACAGCAGCCCACCGCCGAGAGCUUGAGCGUCUGCAGAGCGGCGGGUCUCACCCCUGUGGGCCACGCACUGUGCCGUCCUUGGUGCCCUGCUCCCUGGCCGUGCGGGCAGCCUGGGCGCGCCCCCCCGCCUGUGGUGGAGGGCUGGGCUCCCAAGCAACGCAGACCCCCGCUCCACCCCCCCCCCCCCCCGCCCCCAGAGGGAUGUGCCGUCCUUUCUGCACUGUGUGUAUUGAAACAAAGUGGUGUCAAAUAAAGCCCCAGUGGGGCCCUGGGCCUCUGCGGGUCUGAGUGAA